AUGGCUUUGAUCGGCAGUUCUCUGCGCCUCUCACUGUAUGAUCGUGCGGGACUCCUUCAAUCCGUGGCUAUCGACAUCCAUAAAAAUCCACAAGCGUUCCUCCGCGUUUUAUGCGGCUUUGCUUUCGGGGACCAGGCCACUCUCGGUUUCGAUCCCACGGUCACUGAGCCCGACGAAAACGGGACUCGAUCUAUCACGGUUCGCGGAACGAAGUACGACAUUGAAAAAGUCGUGCACAUGGACAACACGCUCAGAGGCAGAGGGACGAUCAUCCUUCAGGUUCGGUCAGGCCCAGAAUCGACGUCGAUCAUCAAGGAUUCAUGGAUCGAUGUCAGUCGUCCUGAAAAGGAACACGAAAUUCUGGAGAAAGCGAAGGAUGUUGAGGGGAUCGUCCAUAUGAUCGAUUUCGAAAGGGUUGAAAUCAACGGAAUCGUGGAUUCGACGAAGAUCAUACGCGACAAACUCGGCGUCGCUACGAAGAUGGGUAGGCAAGCUGAUCGGGAGCCGGAGACGCGUGAACAUUAUCGGCUUGUUCUCAAAGAGUCCGGCGUUUCUUUGCGGCACUUCGCCACUCGGAGGGAGCUCCUUAGCGUCUUGAUCGAUGCCGUUGAAGGCGAGUAA